AUGGAAUCAGGGUCUGUCAUAGCCGCCCCUGGUGACCUUAUAUCGCUAGGCAACGUUGAUCAAGCCUUGACUGCUAAGAUGAAUCUUGUCAAUGAAGCAAUUGAUACAAUUGGGUUUACCACUUAUCAUACAAAGUUGUUCUUUCUCAAUGGAUUCGGCUAUGGGGUCGAUUCCCUAUUGCUUUUCCUCAUGAGCAUCUCCGCCGAUCAAGUAGUAGCACAGUACCCCACGAAAUUCAAGAGAGGCGCACAACUAGGCUUUUACCUUGCACUUUUAGUAGGAGCAUUAUUCUGGGGCAGCACAGCAGAUAUCAUUGGCCGAAAGUGGGCAUUCAAUUUUUCACUGCUCAUUAGCGCUAUCUUUGCCAUCACGGCUGGCGCUGCUCCAAAUUAUACCGCGUGGGCUUCGAUGGUAGCAAUUUCGGCUUUUGGCUCGGGCGGCAACUUAGUUCUCGACACUACGAUCUUCUUGGAAUAUCUUCCCUCCAACAAGCAAUGGCUCCUUACUCUUUUGGCCGGGUGGUGGGGAGUUGGUCAGACUGUGGCCGGUCUGAUAGCAUGGGGCUUUAUGGAGGGCAACAACAUGGGAUGGAGAUACCUGUUCUACACAAGUGGAACCCUUGUUUUCAUCCUGAGCAUUGCCAGAGUUCUGGUCAUCCGGUUUCACGAAACUCCAAAAUUCCUCCUCUGUCAAGGUCAGGAUGAGGCCGUUAUCAAGACACUUACUGCACUCGCUCGCAAGCAUAAUCGAGAAUGCAAUCUCACUCUGGAGCAACUCCAGACCCACGGUCAAAUCCACAGCGCUCACGCGAAGAACAAAGCCUCGUUCUCCGAGUUAGUAGUACAUGUACGAGGUCUCUUUGCUACUCCAACCAUGGCUCUCUCGACAUCUCUGGUGUGGGUUUCCUGGGCUCUUAUUGGGUUGGGCUAUGCUUUAUAUUACGUUUACCUGCCGGAGUAUUUGGCAUCUCGGGGAUCAUCUAGUAGUUCAAAUUCCACAGACAUCACGUGGCGGAAUUAUGCAAUUACGAAUUUAUGCGCCAUACCAGGUCCCAUAUUAGCAGGUUUCAUGUGUGAAAUGCCUAUUUUUGGGCGAAAGCGAACUAUGGCAAUGGGCGGGCUCGUCACUAUGGCAUUCUUUUUUGGAUACACUACAGUGAAAACAGGGGCUCAAAACCUGGGAUUUGCCUGUGCAGUUUCGGUUACGAUUAACAUUUACUAUGCGACUCUAUAUGCUUACACUGUCGAGAUUCUACCCUCUGCGCAUCGUGGUACUGGUAAUGGUAUUGCCGUCGCCCUUAAUCGAUUGAUGGGCAUGGUUUCGGCCCUUAUUGGUGCUUUUACCUCGACAUCUAGCUCGGUUCCUAUCUACGUGUGUGCUGCAUUGUUGGGGGUCGCUGGUGUCCUUGCAGCUUUCUUCCCUCUUGAAUCACGUGGAAGGAAGAGCAUCUAA